AAACGCCUUUGACCUCUCUCCUUGCAAUGACAGAACGGCAUUGGACUUGUACAUAUUUGAGCACAAGGGAGAUGGAAAGAGACUCCAUACUGAGGUGUCCACUGUGCUGUGUACUGGGGAUUUGUUCAGGCAGAACUGUUUGCAUGCUGAGAAUUGUGUUGACACAACCGAGAGUGGUGAACCAUGGUGCGGAGGUGGAAGCUACUUACACCAGCUUUCUUGUCAAUGCUGAAAUGCAGCGCAACUGUACCCUCAGGCCAACAGAGCUUUGUUUCAUGCACAGCCAGCAGCUCUGCAAACAGACCAUGCCUUCAGUGGAGUCCUUCGAGAUGUCUAUUGUGAAAAGCCAAGCAACCUCCCUCCCCUCCCCUCUGAUCAGAUUCCUUUUAAGUGAAGCUCACUCAGUCUCUGAGGACCAGAUCUCACCGAUGACUGGGAAGCAAAGAGUACCCAGGAAAGCACUUUUACCACGGACUCCACCUCAGGAGCACCAGGAACUCAUCUUCUAAAUAAAAUCCGUGCCCCUUCGAUGCAGACCUGAUGUCUGCUGCAAUGGAUACAGAAUCAACAUAUUCGGGAUACUCCCACUACUCAGGUCACUCCAAAAAAGCUCACAGACAAGGGAGCCGGGACAGACACAAAUCUCCACGAAGCAAAGAUGGCAGUCGGUCUGAGAAGUCCGUCACUAUCCAGACACCUCCUGCAGAGCCGCUGCUUGGGAAUGACACCUCUCGGGCAGAGGAGGGCCAGGAUGACAACUGGGGUGAGACUACGACGGCAAUUACAGGCACCUCUGAGCACAGUAUUUCCCAGGAGGACAUUGCCCGGAUCAGUAAGGAUCUGGAAGACAGUGUUGGGUUGGACUGCAAACGUUACCUGGGCUUAACAGUGGCAGCUGUUCUCGGACUCUUAGUCUUCCUUACCCCCAUUGCCUUCAUUCUUUUACCCCAGAUCCUGUGGCGAGAUGAUCUGGAGCCGUGUGGUACUGUCUGUGAGGGACUGUUCAUCUCUGUGGCGUUUAAACUCCUCAUUCUCCUGAUUGGGACCUGGGCUCUUUUCUUCCGCCAACCCAAGGCAGACCUACCAAGGCUGUUUGUGUUUCGGGCCCUUCUGCUGGUCCUCAUAUUCCUCUUUGUGUUUUCCUACUGGCUCUUUUACGGCGUUCGCAUCUUGGACUUGAAGGACACCAACUACCAAGGGAUAGUGCAGUAUGCCGUGUCUCUGGUGGAUGCCCUGCUCUUCAUCCACUACCUGGCCAUUGUGCUGCUGGAGCUGCGGCAGCUGCAGCCCAUGUUCACCAUCAAGGUGGUUCGCUCCACAGAUGGGGAGUCGCGAUACUACAGCUUGGGACACCUGAGCAUCCAACGAGCUGCACUGGUGGUUCUGGAAAAUUACUACCGAGAUUUCACAGUUUACAACCCAGCCUUGUUAACAGCCUCCAAAUCCCGAGCAGCCAAGCACAUGGCUGGCCUGAAAGUCUACAAUGUUGAUGGCCCAGGUAACAAUGCGUCGGGGCAGUCCCGGGCCAUGAUCGCAGCUGCCGCCCGGCGCAGGGACUCCAGCCACAAUGAGCUCUACUAUGAGGAGGCUGACCACGAGCGCCGUGUGAAGAAGCGCCGGGCAAGGCUCGUGGUUGCGGUAGAAGAGGCUUUCACUCACAUCAAACGCCUCCAGGCAGAGGAACAACAGAAAGCUCCAGGAGAGAUGAUGGACCCCCGAGAAGCAGCCCAGGCCAUCUUCCCCUCCAUGGCAAGAGCUCUGCAGAAGUACCUUCGCACCACCCGUCAGCAGCAGUACCACAGCAUGGAGAGCAUCUUGCAACACUUGGCCUUCUGCAUCACCAACAACAUGACACCAAAGGCAUUCCUGGAGCGUUACCUCAACCCAGGCCCAACCCUCCAGUACGACAGGGAUCGCUGGUUCUCCAAGCAGUGGACGCUGGUCAGCGAGGAAGCGGUCACAAGCGGGUUACAAGACGGCGUUGUGUUUGUCCUCAAGUGCUUGGACUUCAGCCUUGUUGUUAAUGUGAAAAAAAUCCCCUUCAUCAAACUCUCAGAAGAGUUCAUAGACCCUAAAUGUCAUAAAUUUGUCCUCCGCUUACAGUCUGAGACUUCAGUCUAAGGGAUUUUGAGGGUGGGUUGUUGGGAGAUUGAUUUUGGUUUUUUUUCAAUAUUGUGCUUUUGAGUUUAAUUUCCCCAAUGCUGACUGAAACUGGCAGAUGAUGGACCAGUAAUAUUUGACCAUCUGCACUUUAUUUGGAAACGGGAGGGGGGAGUAGGGAUAUCUUAUCUAGAAAGAAGUAUCUUAAGAGGCAACAGGGUGACUUGGCUCAGUUAGCUCAGCCUUGAAGACAGAACAGAUUUUUUUCUUUGCCCCUCUUUCCAGGCAUCCUGUAAAUCUCAUACUUUCUCUGCACAGUUAUGGUGUCAGAGUUGUUGUUGGAGCGCUGCCUUACACCACGCACCCCUGCGCCCUUGUCUCUCUGUUUUUGCCACCUGUGGCUGCUCCUGAGGGCUCAUUGCUCACCUGUCCCUCACAGAAACCUCGUGGCACAGGGUGCCACAGUCCCCCCUCACUUGGGGAGGAGGGGAUAUCAAAUGGUGGGGGUGUGAGGGGACUUUUUAUUCUGUCUUCUUCUCCUCUCCGUGUGCCUCUUGUGUCAGUGCCAGACGUAUGGGCAUAAUGGGAUGGUUUCACCCUCUGUGAAAUUGCUUGUCUUCAACUGGAUCAGCCCAUUUGCAGCUCUUCAAUUUUUUUUUCUUUUAUCAGUGUUUGUUAGUGAUGUUGUUCUUCAUGUCACAGCUCCCUGUUAUCUCUCCCCUGCUUUCCUCUGUGUCCUGCUUGUCAGCAUCUUUCUCAGGCAUGCCCAAGGCUUCCUGUUUCUGUCUUCUCUGUCUGGCUUUCUGAAUGCGUUUCUCCAGGCACUGCUUCUUCCUUUUGCACCUGCAAGGGCUGUGUCUUUGCACUGGGACAGGGUCAAUAAGUAGCUGGCUCCUCCUCAGAUAAAUCACAGACCCUCCCUACAUCUGACAGCCUCUUUGAGGGGAAGGGGGUGCAGGCAGGAAUGUGCUCCUCCGUCUCUAGCCAGCUUCAAGUGCAUCUGGAGAAAAGAUGGGCAAAAACACUUCCCUCCUUCAGGAGAGGAGUCGGCGAAAGGCUGACCUCUGCCCCAUUCACUUGCUUUGGAGAACUGUUGUGCUCUGGAAACACUGCAGUGAGUCCUUCCCCACCAUACGCCUUCAGCUGUAGCUAAGAAAUAUCAAACAGUGCCUGAAUGUUGAAAAUCUGCCUGCCUUUCUUGGCCUUGCUGUACUGUGGGAGUUUAUGCUCAGCGGUGGGAUCUGCUUCUGAGAGAUGCAGUUUUGUUUGUGAGGCGGCCUUUGCCCACCAGUGCAGCUUUCAUGUGUGAAUUUAGUAACCUGAGUUUGGAAGGUUUGUUUUUAACGGUGAGCCUAAAUCGGUGUCUGAAGUCUAAUUGCUAGUACAGAGCACAGAGUGACUGGAGUCAGCUGCAAGGCUGGCAUUGACCUGAAGGUCUCUUUUGAUUGAUGUGAAUGUAAAUGAUCAAUUCAUUCUUCUCAGUCUUUUGCCAUGCAAGUAUUCCUUAUCGAGCAGGAUCUGGCCUGCCCUCCAUACCGAUGUCUUAACAAAGAAGGCCCUAGUUCCAGCAGUGUCUAAGUCAGUGCCUUUCAUUGCCAGCCUUCACAGUUUUCUGAGGAGGGCUGUGACAGCCCCUCCUGUCCAUUUUGGCCUUUCCCAGCCCUUCCCACGGCAGGCAUGGGCUGGCUGGUGCCUACCACAAGCUGGUAGGAGGGAGCAGCCACCUUAAACAGGGAUGCUGGGGAUAGGGCAGGAGGGUCCAUCCUCUUCCAGCUUCAGCAGCAGUGGAGUUGCAUGUCCAACAGCACCUGUGGAUAGUCCUCUUGGGAUCAAGGGAGCACCCUGGGAAGUGAGGGUCCAGAGUGAUGAUUCCCCAUCCAAGUGACACCUGCAGUUUCCUGUGCCUUUCUUACAAGCAUGUGGUAGUCUCCUGGUUCCUUUUUAGUCCAUGUAAUGUGCCAGACACGGUUGUAAAGAAACUGGAUGUCACGUUACAGGAUGGGAUUAUGCCCUUUGCUCUUAAAGGAUGGGAAGUAGGUGCUGUUUUCUCUUCUCUAAGCUCAGUGUUUGGGUUUUUUGGUAGAUCAGGUUUUCUGGUAGUCUGUGUGGGGACUCCUUUAUUGACUGGCCCUUGCAGUGUCUUACUUGGAAAAAACAGAUUGAUUUAUUCCUAAAAAAAAAAAAAAAAAAAAAGGAGGACAUAUAGUAUCUUGGCUCUCCUGAAGCUACCUGCACCUGGCUUUUAUGAUGUGAAAAACCAGCAGGGUGGGAGAGACUGGGAGUAGCUUGGGAGACUGUGGAGCACUUAAUACCUAUGUGGAGGCUACUGCCUGUGGCUGAGUUGGCUCAUUUCUGUGAAGCCAGAA